AUGCGCUCAGCACUUCUCAUUUCCACUCUUGCUCUCGCAUCGUACGUCGUGGCGGGUGAUGUUGACGCCAACGAUGUACCGUCGCAGUGCAAGGAUGUGUGCGCCCCAGUUGUCAGCUUGACUGCCUCCUGCGACAAGAAGACCAAUGAUGACGAUACUGCCGAGCUGAACUGCAUCUGCAAGGACCCCCGGGCCCCCAAGAGUCUACCGCUUUGUGAUGCUUGCCUUACUCAGUAUGGUAAGGAUGGACGGGACAAUGAUGCCAAUGACCUCGUUCAAUCGUGCUCGUUCACCACAACCACAUAUACAUCUACUGCCUCACCUUCGGGAACAUCUGGUUCUUCUGCCAACACUACCCACGGGUUUGAGGAUAUGACAACCACGGCUGGGAGUGGAACAUCCUCCACGGGAAGUACUAGGACCUCAACUUCCACUCCAACCUCAAAUGCAGCUUCCAAGCCUAUGAGCCCAGGCAAUAGCAUUUUUGAAACCGCUUUUGUUGGCUUGAUUGUGGUUCUGGGAGUGUAG